AUGGCAUAUUCUCUUUCUGUAUUCAUUCAUGUCUCCAUUAUAGAAGGCGUAGUCUCCUGCAAUCUUCUUGCUGUACAUGCACAGGAAUACGCCACAAUCACUGCCAUUGAACUGUUUUGGAAUUGGCCCAGUUUCCUUGAAAGCAGCUGGACUGGCUGUAUUGAUUUUAUUACCUGUGAUAUUCUCCAGAAUGCGCCUUAA